UUAUCGAUAGUUUCGUGUCUCCAUCAAAACAUUGAAUAAAAUUUAUAUGUCAAAUCCGAACAAGAUCCGUUUCUUAUAAAAUCCUGAGCUAAGGUUAGAAACAUGAGCACACAACGCGGAAAUGCGAGUCGCACACGUGCACAAAAACACAAAAAUCGUCAUGUAUUCAAAAACGAUUUGCACGACAAAACGCCACAGCAGAUGCGACUCAAUAAGAUGCACGUGUCUACCGUGUGUCAACGCUGCAAGGAGGUCAUCGAGUGGAAAAUCAAAUACAAGAAGUACAAGCCCCUCACACAGGCCAAGACGUGCGCCCGCUGCCAACAGCGAACUGUCCGCAAGGCGUACCAUGUCAUCUGUCGAGACUGUGCCGUCAAAGAUCAUGUUUGUGCCAAGUGCCUCAAGAGCGCCGACGAAGUGGCAAUAGAAGCGCCAGAGCCAACGCCGCAGGAGGAGCAGCAGCUGCAGGUCGAAAUGGAUAGAUUAAUUAAAUCGUUCUCAGAGCGUAAGCGACGGGCCUUCCUACGCUUCAUGGACAAGGGUCGCAAGCAGGAGACUAAGGAACCGCUCGACGAGGAGGAGCGGGAAGCUCAAGAGAAGGCAACGCGAGUUAGAUACACACGCGAGGAACUGCUGGAGAAGAUCAAGCAGCUGAAUCUCGCAGAAGAAGACGACGAUUAUAACGACGACGACGAAGAUGAUGAUGAUGAUGAUGAAGACGAGGAGGGAGAAUCAGAUCUUGAUUCGGAAGAAUGUGACAGUGACGAGGAGAGCGAGGAAGAGCCACAAAAAGCUAAAGCAAUAGAUGCACUUGUGAAGAAAUAACGCUUAGCUGCCUUAAUACUGUAUGCAUUUAGAGUAUAGAAACAUUUUUUUUUAAUGUAUGUGCAUACAUACAUAAAUAUAAAAUUAAUAA